UGAAUCGCUGAUAGUGACGUCAUCGGUGUUCUUUCGCUUGUCAGUAUUAAAGCGUUGCACUGUUGGUGGGAGCUAUGAUUGCUUACGUUUGAAGUGUAAGAGUAUCUUUUUGCAUCAUGGCUAUUGAAAACGUGAGUUUACCAUUCAAGCUGUAUUGCUUGACGGUAAUGACCUUGGUGGCUGCAACAUAUAUCAUAGCUCUACGGUACACUAGGGUAACCAGUGCGGACACAUACUUCUCCACUACUGCUGUCUGCAUUACUGAAGUCAUUAAGCUGCUCAUAAGUGUUGGGAUCUUAACUAAAGAAAGUGGAAGUUUGGGGAACCUGUGCUCAUCGUUGAGAGAAAAUAUUGUAGGAAGUCCCAAAGAAAUGCUGAAACUGAGCAUUCCAUCUAUAGUUUAUGCAGUUCAAAACAACAUGGCUUUCCUGGCUCUUAGCAACUUGGAUGCAGCAGUAUAUCAGGUUACCUAUCAGUUAAAGAUACCUUGCACUGCCUUGUGUACCGUACUAAUGCUACACCGAACGCUGAGUAAGCUACAGUGGCUCAGUGUCUUCAUGCUGUGCGGAGGAGUUACACUAGUUCAGUGGAAGCCAGCAGAGGCUACAAAAGUCCAGGUGGAACAGAAUCCAUGGAUAGGAUUUGCUGCAGUAAGCAUUGCAGUUUUAUGUUCUGGAUUUGCAGGUGUGUAUUUCGAGAAGGUGUUGAAGAGUUCGAAUACGUCCCUUUGGGUGAGAAAUAUUCAGAUGUAUUUGUCUGGAAUUGUGGUGACACUGGCAGGUGUUUUUCUGUCUGAUGCAGCUGGGAUCAUGGAAAAGGGAUUCUUCCAUGGCUACACACUGUAUGUCUGGCUUGUAAUAUUUUUAGGUAGUGUUGGAGGCCUGUACACAUCAGUUGUUGUGAAGUACACGGAUAACAUCAUGAAAGGCUUUUCUGCUGCUGCAGCCAUUAUCCUGUCUACCGUAGCAUCUGUGUUGCUCUUCGGAUUGCAGAUAACUGUAACAUUUGUGCUCGGUACAGCACUAGUGUGCAUUUCAAUAUACAUGUAUGGAUUACCAAGGCAAGACACCACGAGAAUUAAUAUAGAAACCACAGAUAAGCCUUCCAAGGAACGGUUAUUAAAUGUGUGACUGUUUACCAGUGAGAGGAAGUGAAACAUGUCAUACCUGGGCUUGAAGACUGCCUCCACCUUUCUGCUCCAGUCCUGGCAAUCCUUUUUGGUUUGCUACAGCAGAGUAGUGGAAUGCACCUCAUCUGAGAAGCAGUAUUACAGCAUCAGUAUUGUAGCAGCUAUUGCCCAAAUUUUCAGUUUUAAACCCACUGAAAUAAUUAGAUUUCAUCAAGUACCAGUUAUGAUCUACAGAGGACCUUUUUCUGUUGACAGCAAUGUGUAUUUCUUCUGAGUAGCCAGCCUAUAUGUAGGCUAAUUGCCUGGGCAUGUAUUUAGUUUUAACAUAUUAAUUUAAAUCUAAAUAAUAUAAAGAGUGAUUGGCCAUCCAUAGUUUUCUUUAUUUUGUAGUAUUUCUUCCAUUUCCCCUAUUGAUGUCUGUUGUGUGGUGCUACAUUAAAUAAUGACCUGGAACAGUUUACUGAAGUACAUCUUAACUAGAAAGACUUGUAAAUAUGGGGUGGAGAGUUAAGUACCAUAAAAAAACUGUUCUGAAGCUUCCAGAUGUGAAUUAGUACUUGGUUACACUCCUUGUCGUUGAAUGAACAGUGUACACUUCAUGUUUUUAGAACCAUAGUGUACCGCACAUUAAAGAGCAUCUGACAUCCUGUUUACAUAUUUCCAUAAUUAUUUCCUGCAGAAGUACGUAUAACAGCCCUACCUGCCAUUUCACCUGCAGACAUUGAUUGUAAUAAAUGUUGGAGUCUUAAUAAAAUGUAUUUAUAAUGCAACUCA